AUGUCAUCAUCGAUGAGGCUAAACGAUAAAGCUGCUCAUUAUGAAUUCCUACAACUUACUAUCAAGGGAAAAGGUUUUCUUUGGCAUCAGAUUCGCUGUAUAAUGGCUUUGCUUUGUGAAAUUGGCCUCGGUAAUGAGAAACCAGAUAUUAUCACUGAACUUCUCGAUAUCAGACUUAUACCGUCAAAACCAAUUUAUGGAUUAGCUCCGGCAUUUCCGUUAUGUUUAUUUGAUUGCUCAUAUGAAGGGACGGAGCUUCCUUGGAGAUGGGAUAUUAAUUCACUGAAAUCUGUCAGAAAAUUUGUCCUGAAAACCUGGGCUCAUUACCAGUCUCUGUCAGCGACAUUACAAAUUAUGGCUGAAAGCAUCGGUUUACUUGCACCAGUGUUACAAAAUGACUAUAGCGGUUUAAAUGACUAUCUCAGGCCGAAUGGAACUUCUACCAAAACAUAUGUACCUAUUAAAAAGCGGCCUACAUGUGAUGCUUUGGAAUUGAAGCAAGAAAAAAUUCGUACAAAAAUGCUAAAAGUCUUUGCUGACGGCUGCAGUAAUAGUGAUAUUAUGUCAUGA